AUGACUGGACGACCUACGGGUGGUCCUCCAGGAGGACCCUCGAAUAACGACCUACUACUAGACUUGGACAGCGAGCAACCGACCUACAAUGCCGGACAGCGAUCGAAUAUGAACGACGACGACCUUUUACGCUCCUACAACCACGAUCAAGACCAGGCCCAGGGCCGACCCUCCGUUUCGUACGAUGACUUUGUAGGCGGCGGCGGUGGAGGAGGGGGAGGGAAUCACACACAGCAACCCUCAGCAUUGAGACCGUUACCUGGAGGCCCUCAAUCGCCUGGUGUCUCUGGCGGCGCAUCUUCCGGCCCAUACAUGCAGAGACACUACAGUCAAACAUCAGAACUAAACAAUUACCAGCGAUACGCCGACGACUUUGACGACUACUCGGCCGAAGGCGAAUCGUACUACCAACAAGGCGGCGCCGCGACGAGUACGAACAAUGUUGGUGACCCCUCCGCGAGGUCCAAUGCUCGGAACCGUAACAGCGUCCUGAGUUUGGGUGGAGGCUUCUUUGGCCGCAUGAAAAAUAAGCUUGGGAUGGGCCAAGGUUACUCGGAGAUGGACUUGCCCUUGACGGAGGCUGGCGGCAACGGACGGACAGACUCUGGCAUCGAUGCGCAAGCCAAGGGGGGCAAGAAGUUCGACAUGGGUAACUUCAAGUUUGGAUUCGGAGGAAAGAAGCCGGACCCUUCGACACUGGGUCCCAGAUUGAUCCAUCUCAACAACCCGCCCGCAAACGCAGCGAACAAGUACGUCGACAACCACAUCUCGACGGCCAAGUACAAUGUCGCAACCUUCCUCCCGAAAUUCCUCUUCGAACAGUUUUCAAAGUUUGCCAACAUCUUCUUCUUGUUCACGGCUGCGCUGCAGCAAAUCCCCAACCUCUCGCCUACUAACAGAUACACUACCAUCAUUCCGCUCUUCAUCGUCAUGAUGGUGUCGGCAGGCAAGGAACUGGUGGAGGACUACCGAAGAAAACAAGCCGAUCACCAGUUGAACACGUCCAAGGCCCGCAUCCUGCGCGGAACCGCCUUCCAGGAGUCCAAGUGGAUCAAUGUUGCGGUCGGAGACAUUAUCCGCGUCGAAUCUGAAGAGCCCUUCCCUGCCGAUCUGGUCCUCCUUGCAAGUUCCGAGCCCGAGGGACUUUGCUACAUCGAAACAGCCAACCUCGACGGAGAAACAAACUUGAAGAUCAAGCAGGCGUUACCUGAGACGUGUACGAUGGUCAGCUCCAGCGAUCUGAGCCGACUCGGAGGAAGAAUCAAGUCCGAACAGCCCAACAGCAGUCUGUACACAUAUGAGGCCACCCUGACAAUGCAGGCUGGUGGUGGUGAAAAAGAGCUGCCCCUCAACCCCGAGCAGCUUCUGCUUCGAGGUGCCACUCUUCGUAAUACGCCCUGGAUUCAUGGUGUGGUUGUCUUCACCGGGCACGAGACAAAGCUCAUGCGUAACGCCACUGCUGCACCCAUCAAACGCACAAAGGUCGAGAAGAAGCUGAACAUUCUUGUUCUCGUGCUGGUCGGUAUCCUCCUUGUGCUUAGCGUCAUUUGCACAGUAGGCGAUCUUGUUCAGCGCAAGGUUGAGGGCCAAGCUCUCCAGUACCUGAUGCUUGACUCUACCGGAUCAGCAAACGACAUCAUCAAGACCUUCUUCAAGGACAUGGUCACAUACUGGGUUUUGUUCUCCUCCCUUGUGCCCAUCUCCCUGUUCGUCACGCUGGAAAUGGUCAAGUACUGGCACGGAAUCCUCAUCAACGAUGAUCUCGACAUCUACUAUGACAGAACGGACACGCCGGCAAACUGCAGAACAUCGAGUUUGGUCGAAGAACUGGGCAUGGUUGAAUAUGUCUUCUCCGACAAGACGGGCACCUUGACUUGCAAUAUGAUGGAAUUCAAACAGGCUUCGAUUGGCGGUAUUCAAUAUGCCGAAGAUGUUCCCGAGGACCUCAGGGCGACAAUUCAGGAUGGUGUUGAGGUCGGAAUCCACGAUUAUAAGAGAUUGGCGGAGAACCUCAAGAGCCACGAAACGGCUCCCGUGAUUGAUCAUUUUCUGGCGUUGCUGGCUACUUGUCACACAGUCAUUCCCGAGAGGAGCGAGGAAAAGGGCGGCAAAAUCAAGUAUCAAGCCGCCUCACCCGAUGAGGGUGCGCUCGUCGAGGGCGCGGCUGAGCUCGGCUACGUCUUCACCGAUCGCAAGCCGAGGUCUGUCUUCAUCGAAGCUGGAGGACGUGAGCUCGAGUAUGAGCUAUUGGCCGUUUGCGAGUUCAACUCUACCCGAAAGCGCAUGUCGACUAUUUAUCGAUGCCCCGACGGAAAGGUCCGCGUAUACUGCAAAGGUGCCGAUACUGUCAUUCUCGAGCGCCUGAACGAUCAGAACCCCCACGUCGAAGCCACCCUGCGUCACCUGGAAGAGUACGCUUCUGAAGGUCUCCGAACGCUUUGCCUUGCCAUGCGUGAAGUUCCCGAGCAGGAGUUCCAGGAAUGGUUCCAGGUCUUUGAAAAGGCCGGCAUGACCGUUGGCGGCAACCGUGCCGACGAGCUGGACAAGGCAGCAGAACUCAUUGAGCACGACUUUUACCUCCUUGGAGCGACUGCUAUUGAAGAUCGCCUUCAGGAUGGUGUUCCCGAGACCAUUCAUACACUUCAGCAGGCCGGCAUCAAAGUGUGGGUUCUGACAGGCGAUCGUCAGGAGACUGCUAUCAACAUUGGAAUGAGCUGCAAGCUGCUUAGCGAGGAUAUGAUGCUCUUGAUUGUGAACGAGGAAAGCGCCGAAGCAACUCGCGACAAUAUACAAAAGAAGCUCGAAGCUAUUCGCACUCAAGGAGAUGGGACGAUUGAAACGGAAACUCUCGCACUCGUCAUCGAUGGCAAGUCUUUGACUUACGCCUUGGAGAAGGACCUCGAGAAGCAAUUCCUUGACCUCGCCAUCAUGUGCAAGGCCGUCAUUUGCUGCCGUGUCUCUCCCCUCCAAAAGGCUCUUGUCGUCAAGUUGGUCAAGAAGUAUCAAAAGGAGGCCAUCUCGCUGGCCAUUGGUGACGGUGCCAACGAUGUGUCCAUGAUUCAAGCUGCCCAUAUCGGUGUGGGCAUUAGCGGUAUGGAAGGUCUACAGGCCGCCCGAAGCGCCGACGUAUCCAUCGGCCAGUUCCGGUAUCUCAGAAAGCUACUACUCGUUCACGGCGCUUGGAGCUACCAGCGUGUUGCCAAGACCAUUCUGUUCUCUUUCUACAAGAACAUCACCUUGUACAUGACGCAGUUUUGGUACACUUUCCAAAAUGUCUUCUCUGGAGCCGUCAUUUACGAGUCUUGGACGCUUUCGUUCUACAACGUCUUUUACACCGUCCUCCCUCCUCUCGCUCUGGGUAUCCUUGACCAAUUCAUUUCCGCCAGACUCCUCGACCGCUACCCGCAAUUGUACAACAUGGGUCAGCAAAAUCAGUUUUUCAAGAUCAAGGUCUUUGCCGAGUGGGUUGCCAACGCUGUGUAUCACUCCAUCAUCCUCUACGUCUUUGGCCAACUCAUCUGGUAUGGUGAACUCAUCCAAGGCGAUGGACAAAUAGCCGGUCACUGGGUCUGGGGCACGGCCAUGUACGCUGCGGUCCUGCUCACCGUUCUCGGCAAGGCGGCUCUGAUCACGAACAACUGGACCAAGUACCACGUCAUGGCCAUUCCUGGCAGUAUGCUCUUCUGGUGGGGCUUCAUCGCUCUGUACGGCACCGUCGCCCCCAUGAUCCCCUUCUCCGCCGAGUAUCACGGUGUCAUUCCCAAGCUGUACAGCAGCCCCGUCUUCUGGUUGCAGACUUUUGCGCUCGCGAUUAUGUGUCUUAUGCGCGAUUUUGCCUGGAAGUUUGCCAAGCGCAUGUACAUGCCGCAGACAUACCAUCACAUUCAGGAGAUUCAGAAGUACAACAUCCAAGAUUACAGACCAAGAAUGGAGCAAUUCCAAAAGGCAAUUCGCAAGGUGCGACAAGUGCAGCGCAUGCGUAAGCAGCGCGGUUACGCAUUCUCCCAAGCAGAUGAGAGUCAAUCGAGAGUGCUUCAGGCAUACGACACGACGCAGCACCGUGGACGGCACGGUGAGAUGGCCAGUUCGAGACCCCAAGGCAGGUAG